CAUUUGCAUAUUUAUCAUGCUAGUCUUAUCUGGUCUGCUGCAGAUAUUGAGCAGGCAAUCCUGGAUUCACAUCAUCGGUGGCUAUGCCCAGCUGAAAUAUGUGUAAUUCUUCGAAAUUAUACAAAAUUUCAUUUAUCCUCAGAACCUCCAAACACACCACCCAGUGGUUCCCUUUUUCUUUUUGAUCGGAAGGUGGUGCCACACCUUAGAAAGGAUGGACAUAAUUGGAGAAAGAAAAAAGAUGGAAAGACAGUUAAGGAAUGUCACGAGAGGCUGAAGUGAACUCUCAAGCAUUGUUUUUGUCCACUAUCUGGAAGUAAAGGGAAACAGAUCAAAUUUUAAUCAAGUUAGAGAGAAUGAAGCUGUCACUACAUAUUCUAAGUCUUCCAGAUUCCGUCCAACUAAUUGCCAACGAAGAAUGGAAGAUUUAAGUUGUGUUAAAAAGACUGAAGGAGAAAUUCCUCAUUCCCAGGUAACUGAAACGAUGCCCAAUUCUGAGAUUGAUGGUUCUUCGUCUUCUGGUUCUCGUCCAAAUACAGAUAGGUAUCUGGAUGGUGCACAGCCAUUGGAACGUGAAAAUGCUCAACCAGCCAUUCCUGGAAUAGAUUCGAUCCCCACUCAAUCAGACAAGGACAAAAGUGAUAAUGAUGCUGAAUCAACAGAUGACUGGUUGAGUUACCUUGAUCUUUCAUUAUUGGAAGAUGAUUUUGAAAGUUGUCAUCCUUGUAGUGAAUCCAUGGAGGAUAAAUCAUUGUCUUCCUCCUCACAUCCUGAUACCGUAGAUAAGUUUCUCAGUGACAGCGAUGCUAAGGAGCAUUCACAGAAUCGUGCAGAAUCAAAGGUACUGACAGAGUAACAUUGCUAAAAUUUUGAUGAAUCAAAUUGCACUAUAUUU